CUCAUAGCAACCAGACGGCAACAAUCACUUGCCGGCUUUAGGUCCUGCGAUCAGCUUUGAUCACGGAAUCUAAAGGGUUAACAGCCACGCAGCGAAGUUGCUGUUAGUUGCAGCCCCUAGCUGUUGGGGCCGCACAGUACGGAGCGGAAUGACAUCACAAUCAUUGGUCCCUGCAGUGGCGUUGCUAGGGUUGGUGUCACCCGGUGCGGUAGAAAAUGGUGUCACCCCAUACCUCCCCCCCUCAUGGUCUCGUAUUUAUGAUGUGAAAAUGUGGCACCUAGGCAAAGAAAAGUCACAAACCCCCUUCAAAAAGUAUCAAGUCAACUCUGGGUCAGACCUGGCUUUCAUAACUACCCGUGUGGGGAGGAGAUGACUGUGUAAGGAGGAGCCGGGGUCUUGGAUAAAUAGGAAAGGGAUUGCAGCCCAUGACAUCCACUGACUCCAUCUCCAGCCGCCAUGAUCUUCAUCCUCGGCCUGUUCCUGCUGAGUGUCUCCGCUGUUACUGCAGAUCUCCAAUGUCUAUUGAUGCCGGGAAAACUAAGACAGAUCGAUGCCGGUGCGGGACAAGUGUACGGAGUUAAUGACAAAGGAAACAUCUUCAAGAUGGUCAAUAACAACUGGCAGCAAGUUUCCGGGCUGCUCACUCAUGUGUCGGUCGGUCCUGCUGGAGUCUGGGGGGUCUAUAAGGAAAAUAGAGUCUUCAAACUGCAGGACAACAAGUGGAAGCUUGUGACAGGUUACCUGAAGCAGGUGGAUGCCGGUGGUGAUAAGUUCCUGGCUGGAGUGAACGCCCAGGAUAAUAUCUUUUGCUUGAUGCAGAAUUGUACAGUCUCAAGGUCUUCCCUUGUGACAUUCCUACCUCUUGAUGGCUCUCUGAAGUAUUACAGCUGUGGACCAUUUGGUUGCUGGGGAGUCAACAACGUUGAUGAUAUCUUUUACCGUCAGGAUGUGAGCCCCAAUACAUGCCAGGGAUCUAAAUGGCAACAGGUGGACGGCAAACUGAUCAUGGUGGAGGUCGGCACAGAUGGCUCAGUCUAUGGUGUCAAUUCAGUCGGAGAGGCAUUCAAGAGGGAGGGGAUCUCUGCCAAGACUCCCACUGGUACAGCAUGGAAGCGCCUGGAUUUCUGCGCCACCUUCAGUCAUGUGACUUAUGAUGCCGGGUUCCUGUGGCUUCUGUCUGAGAAUGACGACGUUUACAAGUGUUACGAGGAGGCCUAGGGGGAAAGUUUCUAAUUUUAAGGAAGUGCAAUGUGUUUAUAGGUUUAACUGUAUUGUAACCGAGAAAGAUCAGAAAGGUCAAAUAUUUUUUUAGGAAACUAAACAUUUUUGU